AAUAAGGAGAAAGAAUCAGAUAAACGUAGCAAUCACUGAUUUUCUGCAAAUGGGCAACGCUCAAUCGCCUCGUACAGAUUCUCCUCGCUUCGCUACAGCCUCCAGGGCUUUUACUCAGAAGGAACUGGAAGAUCUUAAGUUGCUGUUCCAGUCCCUCGCCACUCGGUCAAAUAGCAAUGGCAAAUACGUAUCGCCCUCUGUUUUUGAGUCGUUUUUUGGACUUCGUGGUCCUCUUGGGGACAGAUUGUUCGAUUUAGUGACACAGAAGCGUAAGGAUCAAAAGCUCACCUAUGAAGACCUCGUAAUAGCUAAAGGCACUUAUGAAAAAGGAACAAAUGAAGAAAUUGAAGGGUUCAUUUAUCAGUUGUUAGAUGUAUCAGAUGAUGGUACCCUUGGAAGGUCUGAUCUGGAAUCGGUUCUAAUAGCAAUUUUCAAUUAUAUAUUCUCCUCGGGGAAUAAUGAACCUGGAUUGGAUUCACAUCAGGAUGCUGUACAAAUAUUUGUUCGUGCGGCAACUUUCUCAGAGAAUAAUGAACAAUUUACUUAUGAAGAUUUCAAAAACUGGUGUACUCUGCUUCCAUCUGUCAGGAAGUUUCUUGGAAGUUUACUGAUGCCACCUGACAUAGGAAGACCUGGUUGUCAAGUUCCAAGGCUGGUAUAUGGAGAAAAUAUAGAUUCUAAUCUUGUAUUAUUGAAGAAGGAAUAUGCUUGGCAUUUAGGAGGAGCUCUUCCUCAGCACGAGCUGGAGGAAUGGAGACUUCUUUACCACAGUGCAAUAAAUGGGCUGAGUUUCACUACAUUUUUGGGUAACAUAACUAUCGACGGUGGACCAACUGUGCUGAUAGUGAAGGAUAAACAAGGUUAUAUAUAUGGAGGUUAUGCUUCUCAGCCAUUGGAGAAGCAUGGUGAUUUCUAUGGAGAUUUGAAAUCCUUUCUGUUUCAGCUAUAUCCCAAGGCUGCUAUAUUCAAACCAACUGGAGCAAACAAUAACAUUCAAUGGUGUGCUGUAAAUUUCAGUUCAGAGAGUAUACCAAACGGCAUUGGGUUCGGAGGACGGGUGAACCACUUCGGUCUCUUCAUAUCAGCGAGCUUCGAUCAGGGGCAGACGUUCGCAUGCACAACAUUCGGGAGCCCGUGCCUGUCGAAGGUGAACCGGGUGGACCCGGAAGUGAUAGAAUGCUGGGGAGUAGGAGCAGGACAACAGGAAAGACAGAGUAGUAACAAUAACAAUAACGGCAGUAAGGGCACCGUGUUAGACAGGUUUAAAGAGGAUCGCCAUAUGCUCAACAUGGUCGGUCUCGCCAAUUCCAGUGACUGAUCGGUAUACUAUUUAUUCUUUUUAAUAUAUAGUUAAUAAUAUUUAGGAGAAACGAAUCGGCGUGGGAGAUUUAUACUACUUAUAGUAUAAAGUACAUACACGUUCUGUUUGUCGUUGGAUUCUUCAUUAUUCUUAAAUAAUGCCGUUGUAAAUUUUGGGAA